AUGCCCAGCAAAGGGAGCUACUCUCCUCUGUUGUGUACAGACACACCACCUCCUCAGCCUUUCCAUAAAGUGUGUGACGUAGUCCAUAAUUCCGGUAUGAAAGGGCAACCGCUGUUCAGGCAGUCAGUGAGCGAGGCGCUGAUGCCCGGCUCGGAGGUCCCUGAUGGCUGUGUGACCGGUGUGAAGGCCCCGUUUUGGCUAAACUCAAAUUCUCCAGAGGAUCUUUCAGGGAUGGAGAAAGUUCUGAGGAAGUUUCAGAUCAGAAACCAGAUCCUCAGGGAGUGCAUGGCUGAAUGCCUCGGAGUCUACAUCAUGAUUCUGUUUGGAUGUGGCUCGGUGGCCCAAGUGACGACAACUCAAGAGAACAAGGGUCAGUACCUGUCAAUCAAUCUGGGCUUCGCUCUGGGAACAACCUUCGGGGUGUUCGUGUCCCGCGGGGUGUCAGGGGCCCAUCUGAACCCCGCUGUGUCUCUGAGCAUGUGCGUGGUGGGCAGACAUCCGUGGAUGAAGCUGCCGUUCUACGUCUUCGCCCAAGUCCUCGGAGCCUUUCUGGCUGCAGCCACCGUUUGCCUGCAAUACUAUGAUGCCAUCCACUCGUAUAGCGGAGGUAUGCUGACGGUGACGGGUCCCACUGCCACAGCGGGUAUAUUCUCCACCUACCCUGCCAACUACCUCAGCCUGUGGGGAGGCAUCGUGGACCAGGUGAUAGGUACAGCUGUGUUGCUGGUAUGUGUCCUGGCUCUCGGGGACCAGAGGAACUCCCCCUCCCCUCCUGGCCUGGAGCCCGUCCUCGUGGGAGCAGUGGUGCUGGUCAUCGGUGUCUCAAUGGGAUCCAACAGCGGCUAUGCCCUCAACCCAGCCAGAGAUAUCGGGCCUCGUCUGUUCACGUACAUCGCUGGCUGGGGAGCUGAUGUUUUCAAAGCUGGAGGUGGGUGGUGGUGGGUGCCUUUGGUGGCCACCUGUAUGGGGGCACUGCUGGGAACGCUGAUCUACGAGCUGCUGGUUGAACUUCACCAUCCACAGCCGCUGUUGGAGCUCCAGUCUCUGGGCCAGGAGGCCACUGAGGACAAAAAGGAGCUGGAAGGAGUAGACCCGGACUGUGAGAAACCCAAGGAGGUGUAGAAAUAAAAUUGUAGAUAGACAAUCUGUGACAGUGUAUAAAUAAAAAUAUAUAAAUUGAUGACACUAAGUGUGCUAUUUAUAAUGCAGGUACUGUAAAGAUAAGUAAUUGCACCACAAAGCCAUACAUGUAAUGCUCAGUCAGUUUGUAACGGGACAAGUGAUGACGUUGACUCUGCUUGCGAUAAACUUAU